CAGAGCGCGCCAACGUCAGUCGCAUUGGAAGCCCCGGGCCGAGAGGUUGGACGCGGUCGCGUUGCGUAGCAGACAGGGCGAGCAGCGCGCAAGCCGGCGAGUGGAGUUACACCUGUGGAGUGCCCCGAGGGACUUGGAAUAUCUCUUGUUCGUUCGUGUUUCGUGCGCGCGUGGGAAGUGGCGGAGUGAAAACCCGGCGACGACGAUCUCGUCGGCAGUGAAUUUGUAUUUUUCUUAGUUUUGUUUAUGUGUGAUUAUUUUCUGCGUGUGAAAAGUGCUGUGUGAAACUUCAAAUCACCACCCGCUGCCAAAUACCCGGUUCUGGAGUUUACCGAGAGAGUGCCUGUGAUUGUGAUUCAGUGUGUGCUCAACUUCGUCAAGACUCUCGCCACCUGCGCAGCCAUGGAGCGUGUUGGAGUUGUGCUGUUGCUCGUCGCUUCUUUACAAGGUCUGCUGGCCGUACACGUGGAGGUGUUCCCGGCCGAGUCCGUCGUGUCGGUCGGCCAGAACGUGUCGAUGCUGUGCCGGGUCUCGGUGCCCAUCCAGUACUGCCGCAUCGUGGUGCCCGGGCUGGAGGCGCCGCUCAACCUGAACCCGGUGCGGGGGCCGACGCCGCCCUCCAACGCCGUCUACCUGGGCGACGGCCUUGAGAAGGGCCACUGCGGCGUGUCGAUCCCGAGCGUCGAGGACAAGUACAACGGCGUGUUCAAGUGCACCGUCGGCGUCGCCACCGAGGCGCACGAGAGCGAGGGCGCCAUGGUCGUAGUCGUAGCGCGCGCCCCCAAGGUGCCCCCCGUCAUGGAGCUGACGCGGCCCCGAGACCCCCAGGACAGCUACCAGGAGGGCGAGCGCUUCCUCGCGACCUGCGAGGUGCCCGAGGGCAGACCGGCGGCCAACAUCACGUGGUUCAUCGGUGACGACCCCGUGACGGAGGACCUGGCCCGGCCCGAGAUCUUCGAGAACAGGAAGGACAACCUGUUCAGCAUCCGCCAGAACCUGACCCGGGAGGUGCGCUGGAGCGACAACGGCAAGGAGCUGCGCUGCGUGGCCUCGCACCCCAUCAUCGGCAUGGACCCCGCGCGCACCACCGCGCGCAAGCGCAUCAACGUCAAGUUCGCCCCCAAGCCCGCGCCCGGCGACCUGGAGCAGUUCGGCUUCAUCGAGGGCGAGGAGGGGCUCAUCGCCGUCCGCAUCAAGGCCAACCCCAAGCCCAGCUUCCUGUGGACCGUCGGCCGGGAGAACAUCGACGAGGGCAGCCUCGACACCACCGGCCACUUUGAAGUGGGCUUCGCCGAGCCCAAGGGGUACGGCGAGUGGGAGACCAAGCUGCACAUCCGGCCCGUCACCAAGGACGACGUUGAACGCGAGUACAGGGUGCAGGCCACCAACACCAUCGGCCAGCAGGACUACGUCGUCCGGAUCUCCACGAGCUCUCAGCCUAGAGCUAUGGCGGAGAUGGGGGCUGGAGCCAUUGUUGGAAUUGUUAUCGCAGUUCUCCUUGUACUUCUCAUCAUUUUCAUUGUCGUCUUUGCUCGAGCCACUGGCAGAUGGUGCUUUGCAGCUGGUGGAGGUCGCGGAAAGUCCAGUCAAACCAGCAGUGUGGCUCACAUCGAUCCUGAAGGCCAUUCGGAAAAGGCCAAGCACGCAGGAGUGGGCGGCACUGAAAAUCCAUCAAUAAACCACAACGUUUCUUCUGAAUAUAUCAAUGGAAAUGACAUCAAGAAGGAAAUCAAGGAAGACACCCCCGUGUAGAGUCAGCAGUCUUGUGGCAUGUGCUCUAGCCUAAGAACUUAAAGUUGGACGAAAAAAAAAAUUCCUUCCUAUUCAAUUAAUGGAUCUGAUUGCGCAUUCCUGUAAUGAGGAAGUAUAUUAUGAUCCAAAGUCUUUGACAGACUGAUUUCCGUGAUGCCUUCACCUGUCCUAUGUGGUUUUGAAGAGGGGAUGUGCACUAGGAGAAUUUCUAGAGACUCAGAUGCAUAGGACAGGACCCAUAUUACUUUAGUAGCUUAGGAAAUAGAUCUAAUGAAUUAUGAAACACAUCAUGUGAAUUCAGACCAUUCAGUAUGCAAACUUUUGUACUGACAAACGAGCAUUUUAUGAACGCUACCAUACUGAAAGUACUGAAGGAAUAGAGGUGGUUUGACUUCCACCUUGACUUUCUGUGGUUGCUGGGCAACUUAAGUCAUAGCUCAUACCAUUCAAAUUUGGUAUAGAAAAAAUCUUAAAAGCACAUUUUGUGCUCUCAGUUCUUUACAGUGACUGAAAAACUGAAUCAAAAAGUGAGCAUCAUUACUACUUAAAAGAGAAAGUUUCAGAAUGGCAUUGGGCUUAUAUUAUAGAUUAGAGGGUUUGUUACCAAAAUACUCAAGCAAUGCUUUUAAAUUAGUUUUUAUCAAAUGUCCUGUGUGAAGUAUGUGUGCAGUAUAGACUAUCAAAUUUCUUGUUCUGUUUUGACUUGGAUCUGAAGCUAGAAAUCAGCUAAUGCUUUCCCUUACUUCUCCUUUGGCUAGUUUCAGGUAUAAGGAUUAAAUUUAAUAGCAAUUAAAAAAAAAUAGUUACAUAUUAAAAUGUUGCAAGAAGUUUUAGGAUACACAUUUGUACACUUUUCAUAGUUUAGACUGCGACUGCCUCCAUACCAUAUCCCCUGUAGAGAACAUCCAGGCUCUCUAUGCCUCCCGUGAAAAAAAAAAAUGAUUAAUACUGAAUUGGCUGACAUUUUGGAAGACUGCCACAUACACUGCCACUUUUCUUCAGGAAUUUUAUUUUCAUUUUAUCCCAUUGAAAUUACUCUCAAUUUGGACUGAUCAGCAUUACUUUAUUUGUUAGCCAUACUAGCCAAGGGAAAUAAGGUGUUGUUUUGUGUGAUAAUGCAUAGAAGAUUUCUGUACAUAUUGAGCUGGAACACUGACGGAUCUACAAAUUGUUAAUUGCCACAACACUCAGAGUAGGAUAUUAAUUUGCACCCCCUAUUUUUAUCAUAAUGUAAAUAUGUACUGUUAAGUUGAUGAUUCCAAAGUUAUAGGGGCAUGUUAAAGAGGCUUAUAUGAAAGAGAUUACCAUAUUCUCCACAUUAUACAUGCUAUGCUUCAUGAAGUUGUAACAAACGCCUAAAUCAUACCCAGAACUCAUUUAUUGUUGUCUUUACUCAAUGAGCUCUUAUUGUGUCAACAGCAAUAUUCAUAUUUCAAUUUUUACAUUUCUAACAGUGACCAAAUUGCUACUGCAGAAGUAGUUCUUUAGACUGCUAAGCCUUGCUUUGGCAUUGUUUUGAAAAUCCAUUUCCUCAAAGUUUUUAGCAUUUCCCGAAGUUUCUGCUAAAUUUAUAAGUUGCUGUGAAAAAGUGGUGAAAGUUAGUGAUCUCAAUGGUAUUGAUGGACACGCUCAAAAUAGGAAUGUAUGUGUCAAUUGAAUGUGUUUAAGUGAAGCCUUUGAUAGUUAGAGAGGAAUAAUAAUUUUCACAAUUCGUUCAUUGAUUGAUCGUCAACUUUUCAUGUUAGAUUUUAUUUAUUGAAGUGCCAUUGAUCCAAAGUAACGGUAAUUUGGCAGGCUUUUCUUCAGUUUUAUUGACUUUUACCAGUUGAUUGGUUUGUAGGACCAUAUUGCUUUCCUUCAUUUGCAGAAGGUAGUUUAGCUUUUAAAAUCCUAGCUAAGUAUUUGUUGAUCCUGAGUGCAGAGUUUUAAUAUUUGAUAAUUUCUAGUGAGUAACAUAUGUAGGCUAAUACACUUUCAUAUUUAUAAAUCUGUUUUAUCCUUUUAUUGAACCCCAAAAUUUAGGUAUCAAUAUAGAUUUUCUUGUUUUCAAAUCAGAGUUGUGGUAUGGUAUACAGAAGUGAUUGUCAAAAGUCAUUAGACUCUAGGAACUUAUUCCCAAUCCAUUUUGUUUCUUUCAAUUGCUACAUUUAUUUGUAUCGUUUUUCAAACCAGUCUGUUGCAACAGUUGUUCUUCAUAUUUUGAAGCAAACGGGUGUACCCUAUUUUUAAAAAUUUACCAUGCAGAACAAAUUAAAAGACAGAAGAUAAGUAGAACAUAGGAUUGGUUGCCCAUUUUUCCUACUUAUUGUAAAUGGUGUAUCUUUUAUUUUUUUAUAUACUUAGUUGUACUCUUUUUAUAGCUCAGUCUGUUUCAUGCCAAUAUUCUCAUAUUUAUUGUUUGCUUACAAGACAUAGGUUGAAAUUCUGAAUGAUUCAAACUGUUUGAAUCUCAUUUUAAAUUCAUAAUUAAUUAGUGUGUGUUCUGUAACAUUCAUUAAGUACUGGUCUUCUUUGCAGUGUGAUGUACUUAAAGUUUUGCUUGGAGAAAUGAAAGUAUUUGAUAUUUCUUGUGUAAAGAUAAGGUCUUAGUUACUUAGGGAGAUGUGUAAAUACUAUGAUUAAUUGUGUUGUGAGCAUCGAACUAAGGAGUGGGAAAGAAGGAACGCUCCUUUUUUUUUUUUUUUUCAAAGCCGCAUUGUUGCUUUGUUGAUAAGCGCGUGCAUGAGCUUACAAAGAUAUUAUCUUUGCUUACUAAGAAUGUAAAUAGAUUUGGGGGCUGAUUCAUGUUCCGUUACACAAAUCAAGAUUUCACAUAUUAUUUCACAUCAAUCAUUGACAUCUAUAUUUUCUGUAAUCUAACCUUAAGGACAAAAGCUGAUAGUGCAAUUGCCAUUCCAGCAGAUUGAAAGAUAAAUUUGUUGGACCUUUACAAAUAUUUGUUUUCUUGUUUUACAUAUAAGUAUUAUUCUGUCCUUGAGUCUAAGUUGGCAGCUUUGUUGCUUCUGUAGCAGUGAUAAUUGAUCAGACCGUUUGAUUUUUGUUUUCCAAAGUGCUGUGAUUAUUAGCUAUCACUCACAUAAUAUCACUGCAAUAUUUAUUCCAUUUGAAUUUUAGAUGUUAUGACAGGAAUUUGUUUUUAAUUAAAUUCUCACUGGAUCUACUAUUGAUAUUACGCAUUAUAAAUAUUAUUUUUAAACACUGUGCAUAUAAGUAAAAUUCAAACAUUCCUUGUAAAAACUUGGAAAAACUCUAAUGUAUGUGCUUUACUCAGGUGGUUGGGAAAUCUGUGAGCAAAGACUUUGUAAUUGUAUUAAGACUAUUUAAUUUCAUUGAUGAUUACAUCAAUUCACCUAAUAUUUUCUUUUCCUUCUUUUUCAAUAAAUAUUGUUUUGAUUAAAA